AAUUUCCAGAGGGGGUCCAUACUCUCUACUUGUUUUAGAGAAGAACACCGCAAUUCUAACAAACUGGAUCGUAACCUCAACAUAACCAAAAGAAGAAAAGCUUACGUGAAAGCAAAGAUAAGAUCAAAGACUUUCCCAUAAUAGCAUUUUACAUCCUUCAAGCAACAAUCUUUCUUAAUCUUUCUCCAUUUUUAACAUAUAUGCAAGCAAGUAUAUAAACUUCACAGACUGGCACAAAUUAAAGUCAGUCAUCACUCGUCACCAGCUCCACUGUGACCUCAUCCUCCCAACAAACUACUCUUUAUCUGCAUCAUGCAUCAAGCCAUAAAGUGCACUUCUUUCCCAGAAUCUUUCCAUCUUUGUAGGUCGUCUCCAGAUUCUUAGCUUCUCAAAGCUUGGCACGUUACUGGGUGAAAUUGAACAUUUAAAAAUAAAAAAGCAAAACAAGCAGUUAAAUAGCAUAGGGCUUCUCUGAGUGUGGUGGGAAAGCAAUGAAUUCAGCUCCAUCUCUUUUGGGCAUCCUUAGUUUCUUUCUUUUGGGGAUUCUUACCUUGAACCAAUGUUCUGGAACCACAGUCAAUACACAGUUAGCAUUUCUCCAUGUGGAUGCCUCAGAAGCAUCAGCAAAGAAAAUACCAAACACUUUGUUCGGUUUAUUCUUUGAGGAAAUUAAUCAUGCUGGUGCUGGUGGGUUGUGGGCAGAGCUUGUGAGCAAUAGAGGUUUUGAAGCGGGGGGUCAGAAUACACCCUCCAACAUUGAUCCUUGGUCAAUUAUUGGGGAUGAGUCCUCUUUGACGGUCUCCACGGAACGGUCUUCUUACUUUGAGCGGAAUAAAAUUGCACUUCGGCUAGAUAUUCAUUGCAGCGACAAGGGUGCUAAUACCUGUCCGUACGGGGGAGUUGGUGUUUACAAUCCUGGAUUCUGGGGCAUGAACAUAGAGGAAGGGAAGAGUUAUAAACUUGCAUUUCAUGUCCGUUCACUUGAAAGCCUUAAUGUUUCAGCAUCACUGACUUCAUCAGAUGGACUAAAGAAGUUGGCUAGUGCCGAGAUAAUUUCUGGUAAUGUUUCAAAUUGGACAAAGAUAGAGGUAGUUCUGGAAGCAAAGGGAACGGAUCACAAUUCUAGACUAGAACUGACUACAACAAAGAGUGGUGUUAUAUGGUUUGAUCAAGUAUCAUUGAUGCCUCUCGAUACAUACAAGGGACAUGGUUUCAGAAAUGAUCUGUUUGGAAUGAUUAAAGAUUUGAAACCGGGAUUCCUCAGAUUUCCAGGUGGAUGUUUUGUUGAAGGUGAGUGGUUAAGGAAUGCAUUCAGGUGGAAAGAAACAAUUGGACCAUGGGAAGAGAGGCCGGGGCAUUUUGGUGAUGUUUGGCAUUACUGGACCGAUGAUGGGUUAGGCCACCUUGAAUUCCUUCAGCUUGCAGAAGACUUGGGUGCACUGCCAGUAUGGGUUUUCAACAAUGGAAUCAGCCAUAAUGAUCAGGUUGACACGUCAAGCAUCCUACCGUUCGUGCAGGAGAUAUUAGAUGGUAUUGAGUUUGCCAGAGGCGAUCUCACCUCGACUUGGGGUUCCGUUAGAGCAGCAUUGGGUCACCCGCAGCCGUUUGAUUUGAGAUAUGUUGCCAUAGGAAAUGAAGACUGUUGGAAGUCAAAAUACCGUGGAAACUACCUCAAGUUUUACUCUGCGAUCAAACAAGCCUAUCCAGAUAUUAAUAUAAUAUCGAACUGUGAUGCCUCUUCCCAACCAUUGAAUCAUCCAGCUGAUUUAUAUGAUUAUCAUAUUUAUAGCUCUGCAAGUGACGUCUUCUCUUUGGCUAACAAAUUCAAUCAUGUGUCACGGAGUGGUCCAAAGGCUUUUGUAAGUGAGUAUGCUGUGACUGCCAAGCAAGAUUGUGGCAAAGGCAGCCUUUUAGCUGCACUAGCUGAAGCUGGGUUUCUUAUUGGAGUUGAAAGAAAUGGCGAUGCUGUUGAAAUGGCAAGCUAUGCGCCUCUGUUUGUGAAUGAAAAUGACAGGACGUGGAGCCCGGAUGCGAUCGUUUUUACUUCUUCACAAGCAUAUGGAACGCCAAGUUACUGGAUGCAGCAAUUCUUCAGCGAGUCAAACGGGGCAACUCUAUUGAACUCUACCCUAACCUCUAACAUUUCAAGCUCUCUCCUUGCUUCUGCUAUCACUUGGCAAAACCCUGAUGAUAAUCAUGAGUAUUUGAGGAUUAAGGCGGUCAACUUUGGGGCCAGCAAUGUGACUCUUAAAAUCACUGUAGAUGGACUUGAGCAGAACUCCAAACAGUUAUUGGGAUCAACAAAAACUUUGUUAACCUCUAGUAAUGUACUGGAUGAGAAUUCCUUCACCGAGCCUACAAAGGUUGCACCUACGAAAAGCUUGCUGCAAAUGGCCGGUGAGAAGCUGGAUGUCGUGCUCUUUCCACAUUCCCUCACUUCGUUCGACUUCUUACUAAAGCCGACAGGAAUCAGGACUCUGGAAUCUGAUUCUGACCAUAAAUCUUCAUACUGAGAAGCGCUAUGCUGUGUAUAUAUCUGAG